AUUCAGAAUAAUUAUGAAUGUGAUGCAAAAGACAAGUUUAUGAUAAGACCUUACCGAAUAAAUCAAUAGUUUCAAUGUACGGGGGUCCUAGAAUAAGAGAUUUGAAAAUGUUACAGCUUCAAAAUAUCAAGUUUUCUGUUGGUGGCGAAGAAUAUAAAGUAUCCGCGAACGAUGUUGGUCCGGAAACAACCCUUAAUACUUACCUUCGAAAGAAAGCUCACCUCACAGGAACGAAGAGAAUGUGUUUGGAAGGAGGCUGUGGGGCAUGCAUAGUAGCAGUUGAAGAAAUUGUUGAUGGAAAGAGAAAUGUUUUCGCUGUUAACUCAUGUCUCGUUUCCAUUCUAUCUUGCCAUGGAUGGAAAAUCCAUACCAUCGAUGGGAUCGGGAAUUCUUUGAUCGGUUUGCAUCCCAUCCAGAAGCUGCUGGCCGAUAAUGACGGCACCCAAUGCGGCUUUUGUUCUCCUGGCAUGGUUAUGAAUAUGUUCGCCCUCCACGAAUCUGGACAGUUGACCAAACAGCAGAUAGAAAACUCCUUUGGGGGCAACAUUUGCCGAUGUACCGGGUACAGACCUAUACUAACCGCCUUCAAGAAAUUGGCAUCAGAUGCUGAUGAAAUAAUCGACAUUGAGGAUCUGAAACCUUGCCACUAUUACGACUAUCGACAGAGGACCGAGGAAAUGCUUUCUGUGGAAACUUCGAAAAACUAUUGCCUCCAGCUUGGUGCAUCUAAAUGGAUAAAAGUGCACACUUUGAAAGAUCUGACGAACGUAUUGAAAAUAUCAGAGACAGAAAAUUACAUGCUCGUUGGGGGAAAUACAGGAAAAGGUGUUUACCAUCUUACAAUACUCCCAGAGGUUUAUAUUGACAUUACUUCGGUAAAGGAAUUAACACAUUAUUCCGUUAAUAAAGAUACUCUGGUACUUGGAGCAAAUCUAACUCUUUCCAAAACCAUGGAUCUUUUUGAAGAGCUGUCGAAGCAGGAAGCUUUUCAUUAUUUAUCUGUGAUGAGAGAUCAUCUUGACUUGGUGGCAACUAUUCCAGUGAGAAACAUUGGAACAAUAGCUGGGAAUUUGAUGAUCAAGUACAAGCACAAUGAGUUCCCCUCAGAUAUUUUUGUUUUAUUGGAAACUUUCAAUGCUACAUUAGUUAUAGUUGACGCUGACGAUAAUGACAUACUUUGUUCACCAAACAACUUUCUCAAGGUCGACAUGAGGAGAAGAGUAAUAAAAAAUAUAAUUUUGCCUGCAUUGGAUGACAAAUCUCAUAAAUAUUUGACAUACAAGAUUAUGCCAAGAGCACAGAAUGCGCACGCGAUGGUAAACGCAGGAUUCUUGAUCAAGUUCGAGAACGACGUGGUUCAAGAUGCUCGAAUCGUCUAUGGUGGAAUAAAUCCACAAUUCGUCCAUGCCAAACUUACAGAAAAUGCUUUGAAGGGAAAGAAACUAUUCGACAAUGGAACAUUGCAGAUUGUUUUCAAAUAUUUAGAACAAGAAAUAAAGCCCGACUAUGUUCUACCAGAUCCUACUCCUCAGUAUAGACAACUUCUGUCAAUUUCUUUGUUUUAUAAGUUCAAUUUGAAUGUGUGUCCAAAGAAUCUCAUAUCGAGCAGGAAUACAAGUGGAGGUACUAUGCUUCAAAGACCAGUGUCAAGUGGAAUUCAAGAGUACGGUCGUCCCAACAAAGACAAAUGGCCUCUCACAGAACCAAUACAUAAACUGGAGGGUUAUGCUCAAACCUCAGGGCAAGCAAAAUAUGUUGAUGACAUGCCUGAUCAGCCAAAUCAACUUUAUGCAGCAUUUGUUACAGCCGAAGCAUCUGCCAACUCCUUAAUAGUUUCUGUUGAUGCCUCUCUUGCCCUAAAAACGAAAGGAGUUGUUCGCUUCCUCGACAAGAGGGAUAUUCCUGGAUCGAACACCUUCAUGCCAAAAACAGCUGGUUAUCAAGUGGAGGAAGAACUUUUUUGCAGCGGAGAAGUUCAAUAUUAUGCCCAGCCGAUAGGGCUUAUUGUUGCGGUGGAUCAAGAAGUCGCUUGGAAUGCUGCAAAGCUAGUGAAUGUGAAGUAUAAACCACCAACAACAAAACCAUACUUGGAUGUCAGAGAUGUUGUUAAGGCGGGAGUGAAAGAUAGAAUUACUCAUCAAACUACAGUGGUUCCGAAUGGAAAGGGAACCGAUGUUAAACACGUUGUAAAAGGUGAGUUUUUCCUUGGCCAGCAGUACCAUUACCAUAUGGAGGUGCAGUGUUGCAAUGUUAUACCCACUGAUGAUGAGGGCCUUGACAUUUACCCAUCUACUCAAUGGAUGGAUGCCAAUCAGAUGGGAGCAGCGGCAGCUCUCAACAUCCCAACAAAUAAAAUAAAUGUUUUCGUGAAACGUGCUGGUGGAGCGUUUGGUGGAAAAAUAACCAGGAAUACCUUGAUUUCAACUGCUUCAGCAGUGGCAGCUUACAAGCUCAAAGCUCCUGUUAGAAUGACCAUGCCUAUGGAAAAGAACAUGGAUAUUAUUGGGAAGAGGUAUCCGCUAUUUGUUACAUAUGAAGUAGGAGUUGAUGACAAAGGAGUUAUCCAGUAUUUUGGAGCCUCCUAUUACACUGAUAUUGGAAAAGGUGGAAACGAGGCAAUAAACUCCAUGAUAGUCGAUAUCAUUCCGAACUGUUACGAUUCAAAAUAUUGGGGUUAUUCCACCUAUACUGUUGUGACAGAUACUUCUGCGAAUUGUUAUACAAGGGCACCAGGUACUACCGAAGGACUAGCGUGCAUAGAAAGUAUCAUGGACCAUAUAGCUUCUACUCUCAAUCUGGAACCUAGCGAUGUGAGAGCUGCUAACAUGAAUCCUACCAAAUUUCCCAAAGUAAUCAAUUAUUGGAAGGAAAUGGAGACUUGGGGAGAUAUUGUCGCAAGGAAGAAAGCCGUUAUUGAUUACAAUAAGGCAAACCGUUGGAAGAAAAGAGGUAUAUCCCUUGUACCAAUGGCAUGGACGAUGGAAGCCGCUUUGAAAUAUUCUGUGUUUGUGUCAAUCUUCCAUAAAGAUGGUGGUGUAGUAAUUACUCAUGGAGGAAUAGAAAUUGGUCAAGGAAUCAAUACGAAGGUAGCGCAAAUGUGUGCCUACAAAUUUGGGAUACAUAUAGAUUUAGUAUCAGUAAAACAAAGUUACAAUUGUGUUUGCCCCAAUGAUAGCACAACUGGAGGAAGUAUGACUACGGAUAUGGUUUGUUAUGCAGCUGUCACUGCAUGUGAAACUCUUAUAGAGAGAAUGAAGCCAAUAAAGAAUAAGAUGAAAAAUCCAACAUGGGCACAAUUGAUUAAUCAAUGUUUUAACGAAAAUAUUCAACUGAGUGCGACUGGAUUCUGCGCACCCAAUUCACCAGGAGUCAAGAAUUACAAAGUGAUUGGAAUUGCUGUAGCUGAAGUCGAAGUAGACAUAUUAACUGGACUCAAAGAAAUUCUAAGGGUUGAUAUCAUUGAAGAUGUAGGCGAGAGUAUGAAUCCGUAUAUUGAUAUUGGACAAAUAGAAGGUGCCUUUGUUAUGGGAAUCGGUUACUACACAACAGAGGAAAUAAUCCACGAUGGAAAUGGGAAGCUGAUGACAAAUCGAAGUUGGACGUAUAAACCGCCUGGAGCCAAAGAUAUUCCACUUAAUUUCAGAAUAAAAUUUGCUGAUGACAAUCACGAAGCCACUAUGGGAGUUCUUCAAUCAAAAGUCGUAGCGGAGCCACCAUUUUGCCUUUCAGUUUCUGUACCAUUAGCUAUAAGAAACGCGUUGUCUUCAGCUAGGAAGGAAGCCGAUUCGAAACAAGGAACAUGGAUACCAUUUGAUGGUCCCACAACAGUUGAAGAAACAUUUCUCCAGUCUUUGAAUGACUACAAACAAUACACUUUGUGAACUAUUAUUAUAUUUUAUCAAUAGAUUGGACAAUAUAUUUUUUGGAUUGAG